AUGCUUGAUAGCGUGCAACUGCCAUUUAAUAGAUGUAUUCAAGCCCUCAAGGAGAACAUUCAAUUCGACUCUCACUUUGUCGCCUUCUACCAUUGGGCCAAGGAGCAUGAGGUUCCCAUCGUUGUGCUGUCCUCCGGCAUGGCACCUGUUAUACAGUCACUGUUGGAGGAAUUACUUGGCGGCAAACCAGAGAAUCUCUAUGUAGUGGCCAACGACAUCAAGCCUCUUCGAGGGAUAGAUAAAGACUGUGGUUCUAUCAGGAACCGUGACUGGGAACUCACUUUCCGGGAUAACAGUCAUUUCGGCCAUGAUAAAUCCCUAGCAAUCAGACCAUACACUGAAUCGAGAAGCCGAGAUCGUCCCAUCUUAUUUUACGCGGGCGAUGGAGUGUCCGAUCUGUCCGCUGCAUCCGAAACGGACAUUCUCUUCGCAAAGAGCGGAAUGGGUCUUGUGGAGCAUUGUGAACGAGAAGGGAUUCCAUUCGCUCCGUUUGAUACUUGGGCUUCGGUUCUGAGCGCUGUGCAGGUCAUCUAUGAAGCUGGAAGCACUGAGGCCUAG